UUAUAUCGAUAGCUCAAUUAGAAACAAAGAAACCAUCCAAUUCCAAGUCUACGGCUCUUUCCUUCUCUUUAUUCGGUGCUCUGUUCCCUGUUCCAUCUUCGCAUCUAUCGUCUACACGUCCGGCAGGCUUUUUACUUCCGAUGAACUCUUCUCCUUCAUGUGCGUUCUCUUGAUGGAGUUAACAGGGGAGGAAGGAGAGAAAAAAGACUGAAACUUCAUGUUCCUUUCUACUACCUCUUGCUUUCUUUAUCUUCAUAGAUAGUUUGAUUGAGUGAGAACGAGAGUGAAAGACGGAGUAUUUGGAGGUUGUGGGUGAGGAGAUGCGGAGGAGAAGUCGAUGGCCAGUGGGAGAAGGGAGUUGAAUCCUUUUAUCUUGAAAGCUGGCUUCACCCUGCUCUUAUCACUCGCCGGCUUCUUUGCCGCUCGCCACCGCCGCCGGGCCCUCUCUUCUCCGCCUCCUCCUCCUCUUCCUCCUCUCCAUCUUUCAGAUUUGGAGCCGGAGCCCGGUUCAUCUGCUGCUGUUCUCGAUGAAGAACUCCCAAUACAUCAAACUGAGGAAGCUUUGGCAAAGAUGACGCCUCCUGCUCCUGUGACUGUGGAGGGCGACCAGUUUAUUAUCUCUGAGAGUUUAGAGGAGGAAGAAGAGUUCCCCGGGCUUCUUCUGCCAGAGUUAGAUGAGCUUGUUCGAAAGGAGCCGGAAACAGUGCUGGAAACCAUCCCAGCUGCUCCUUUGACUGAUGAUUUUGAGAUCAACGAUUCGGCAGUCAUGGAGGAAGAGAUUAGAAAUCUAAGGAGAUUUGUUCAGUCCCUUCAGGAGAGGGAGGCUUGUUUAGAAAUUAAGCUUCUUGAGUAUAAUGGAUUAAAAGAACAGGAGGUAUCGAUGGGAGAACUACAGAACAGACUGAAGAUAAGUGCCACAGAGACAAAGCUUCUGUCUCUUAAGAUUGAAUCUUUGAAGGUUGAGAACGAGAAACUUAGAGCUGAGGCUUUAGAUUAUUCAAGAGUUGCUUCUGAACUUGAGAUCCAGAGAAAUAAUAUGGCAGUUUUAGAGAGUAAGUUGAAAUCUGUUGGUGAGCAGGCCAAGGAGAAGAUAGAAGUACUUCAUGGAAGGAUCACUGAGCUAAGAGAGAAGGAGAAGAAGGAUCUUGAGGUUGCUUUGGAGGUGGAGAAGAAGCUGGGAAUGUUUGAAAAGGUGGAAAAUGAGGUGAUUGAGCUUCGGAAGGAGAAUUCAAGGUUAGCACAGGAGAAAUUAGCAAUUAUGAAAAAGAUAGAGUCUGAACACUUACUCAAUCCUUCAGUGAUCAGAAGCCCAGAUUCUGUGCUUAAGAGUUCAGAGGUAAUAUUUGAAUCUCUAUGUUGUAAAUCUGAAUAACUUUUAAAGUGUGCAUUGAUUUAUGAUCUUAUCCAAACUGAGUUACUAAAUGAUUAGAAAAUCAAAAUUGCCUACAA